AAACACCCACAAUGCUUGUCGUUCAUUCACCAGCACACAUCAUACAGUGGCCUCCUUACAGGCAUUCAAUGGUUCUUCCCACUCCUCCUCCUCCUCCUUUUACCUCGUCUAACCAGGAUCUUCCAACGUUCCAAUAUCAAUCGCACUUUGAAAAGCUCCCUCUCUGCUCUCUAUUAAAGUUCGCCGACACAACUGCAAACCCCCACCGCUCUUCAACUUUAGCCCGGCCACUUGCACGGUUCUGGUACAGCUCGUUCGCCCUCGCCGGUAUUUUUGCAUGCUUCCCUACAGUUUAUGUCGUCGGUUGAUUCUUGUAUCCCGAUUGCGUCUCGGGCUGAUGUCCCUCUUUCGUCCUGUCUGUCUCCAGCAGCAAAGCACCUUGUUCCUUGGCAUCGUCUUUUUGUUCAUCUUGAUCUCUUCUCAUUGGCAUACUCGUACAAGUACAAGUACAUGGGUCCAGCAGUCACAACAUCCGGCUUCUUCUAGAGUACUCGUAAAUCACCUUUCCAGGACCAAGAAGCCAGGCAAGGUACCCUUCAGGUACAUCUACCCGAGCCCAC